ACUAACUAGCGUAGUAAAUACGUUCCAACUCAGUUUUGUUUCGGUAUAUUUUACAAGAGAUUUGUCCUGUCCUAAAUCCAAUCGGAGGCGAAGCAACAAAAGAUCUGCUGCUAUGGCGAGUGCUGCUGCCGGAGGGAAAGUGUCGUUCAAGGUUAUUCUGACCUCCGAUCCGAAGCUUCCUUUCAAAGUGUUUAGCGUUCCAGAGGGAGCUCCAUUCACUGCUGUUCUUAAAUAUGCAGCGGAAGAAUUCAAAGUCCCUCCCCAAACUAGCGCCAUCAUCACAAAUGAUGGUGUUGGAAUCAAUCCUCAACAAAGUGCAGGCAAUGUGUUCUUGAAACAUGGCUCAGAACUUCGCCUGAUUCCUCGUGAUAGGGUUGGAGCUGCUUAGAUCUUUAUUGACCAAUAAUUUUGUGUUAUGUUUUGUUUGUAAAAAAAAAGGCUUAAAAUUUCAGAGGUUGAUGGCCAUGAAUUAUGAAUAUGAUGAUGAUGCUUUGAAGAACAAUGAAUGAAAAUAUCAAUAAGUACUGCUAAUACAAAACUUUAUCGUCCUUUUAUGAUGAGUUUAACCCAUGCUUAUGAAAUCAUAUUUUAGUUUUUCUAGACGAAACUGGUACAUUUCUUUGUGUAGGGUCCAAAAAAAAGUUUCUUAGCAAAAAAAGGUAUAUAUUUGGAGGGUGUUGGGAUUGCUUUUAAAACAACUUUUUGAUUUUUAGUUUUCUUAAAAAGUUAAAAAAAUACAAAAGAUGUUUAGGAAUUAAAAAAUAG